CUCACAGAACCCGGAGCUCGGAACUUCCCGUCCCCCGGAACGGGCUGUCGGAAAGACGAGCGGCGCGCGUGGGAAAACCCGGCGUCCGGAUCGCGCAGUUGUCUUUGACGCGGAGGGCUGUGGGACGCAACCGCCACCGCCUCCAGAGCGCCGGGCGGAGAGGGAACGGAGACCGAACUGCCGCCGCUGCCCCCACCCCCACCCCCGUCCCCAGCCCUCCAGCUCCCGGAGCCUCCGUUUCCUCCCCCUAACCCCCUCCCCCGGCCAUGGAGUGCCCUCACCUCAGCUCCAGCGUCUGCAUCGUCCCGGACUCGGCCAAGUUCCCCAACGGCUCCCCGUCGUCCUGGUGCUGCAGCGUGUGCCGGUCCAACAAAAGCCCCUGGGUCUGUUUGACUUGUUCAAGUGUUCAUUGUGGAAGGUAUGUGAAUGGUCAUGCAAAAAAACAUUAUGAAGAUGCACAAAUUCCCUUAACCAACCAUAAGAAAACAGAAAAGCAAGAAAAAGUUCAACACACUGUAUGCAUGGAUUGCAGUAGUUACAGUACAUACUGUUAUCGCUGUGAUGAUUUUGUGGUAAAUGAUACCAAGCUUGGAUUGGUACAGAAAGUCAGAGAACACUUACAAAACUUGGAAAACUCAGCUUUUACAGCAGACAGACAUAGGAAAAGGAAACUUUUGGAAAACUCAUCUCUAAACAGCAAGUUGUUAAAAGUAAAUGGAAGUACCACUGCCCUCUGUGCUACAGGCCUUCGAAAUUUGGGGAACACAUGUUUUAUGAAUGCUAUUCUUCAGUCACUCAGUAAUAUUCAGCAGUUUUGCUGCUAUUUCAAAGAACUUCCAGCUGUGGAGUUACGGAAUGGGAAAACAGCAGGGAGGCGGACUUAUCACACCAGGAGCCAAGGGGAUAACAAUGUUUCCUUGGUAGAAGAGUUUAGAAAAACAUUGUGUGCUUUAUGGCAAGGCAGCCAGACUGCAUUUAGCCCAGAAUCCUUGUUUUAUGUUGUUUGGAAAAUCAUGCCAAAUUUUAGGGGUUAUCAGCAGCAGGAUGCCCAUGAAUUUAUGCGCUAUCUUUUGGACCAUUUACACUUGGAACUCCAAGGAGGCUUCAAUGGUGUUUCUCGAUCAGUAAUUCUGCAAGAGAAUUCUAGUCUUUCUGCAAGUAACAAAUGUUGCAUAAAUGGAGCAUCUACUGUUGUCACAGCUAUAUUCGGAGGCAUUCUUCAAAAUGAAGUUAACUGCUUAAUAUGUGGGACAGAAUCUAGAAAAUUUGAUCCAUUUCUUGAUCUUUCAUUAGAUAUCCCCAGUCAGUUUAGAAACAAGCGAUCUAAGAACCAAGAAAAUGGGCCAUUGUGUUCCCUCCGAGACUGUCUUCGUAGUUUUACAGACUUGGAAGAACUUGAUGAGACAGAACUAUAUAUGUGCCACAAAUGCAAAAAGAAACAGAAAUCCACCAAAAAAUUUUGGAUUCAGAAGUUACCAAAGGUGCUAUGCUUACACUUGAAAAGAUUUCAUUGGACAGCAUAUCUAAGAAACAAAGUUGAUACCUAUGUAGAAUUUCCUCUGAGAGGCCUAGAUAUGAAAUGCUACUUAUUAGAGCCUGAGAAUAGUGGUCCAGAAAGCUGCCUCUAUGAUCUGGCUGCAGUUGUUGUACAUCAUGGCUCAGGCCUGAUAGCUUUGUCCUGUGAUCAACAAAUGGAUAAAUUACUAGAGGAAUCAAAUUGUAAUUAUCAUGGCAUUCUUGCUUGAAAGGAAACCAAAAGACAGAAAGCAGUUGUAGCUAAAGGGAAAGAUGGCUCACAAAGUCUUCAAGAGAGGCAAAGAUCAAGUCAACAGAAUUGGCUUUAUUAAGCACCAUCCAGGGAGAGGAGAAACAUUUCUAGGAUAUCUUGUCACCUUGUGUUGUUCAUUUCAUAUAUUUCAUUUAGGAAUUAGUGUCUGAUGAUAAGUAUUUUGAAAAAAAAUUUAUUUGUAGCCAAUGUUCUAAUCUACAAAGAACUUGAUAUUGAUAGUAUCUGCCACACUAUAGCAAUAUGCAUUUGUGAAAGACCUUUUUGAAAGAGUAAAAAAAAAAAUUAAUAAUAAAUAUAUGUAUAUCACAUUGAGAUCUUGUGUUCUCUACUUCUUUCAGUUAGUCAUGUUAUAUAAACAAACAUUAAGUGCAGGAAGAGACACACACAAUUCUGGACCUGACCUAAGUGUGAUUUGUUUUUGCUUGUCUGUUUUUAUUUAUUACAAAGGUUUUGUUGUUAUUGUUGCUCUUUCAUCUGAGCAGGAUAUUUGAAGAUAAAGGUAGUGGUGCCAAAAAAAUAAAGAUGGGUCAUUGAAGCUUUUUUUUUUUUUUUUUUAACGUACAUAAGAGUACACAAGUUCAGAAAAAUGCUGACAAGCAGCUUUAAAGGUAAUAUUGAAUAUUAUAUAUAUUUUUCAGAAAGCUAUACAUGAUAGAUUGAAGGUUUCUUAUAAAAAGACUUCUUUGUGUAUGGAAAUGUUCAUUCAGAAAGAGGGUUAAGUUCAGAUUAUGCAUAAAUUUUUUAAAAGUAUGUCUGCUUUAGAGUAUUAACUUCUAAUUCCCAGUCCAGUAUUCUUUCCACUGUCCUACAAAGGUACUAGAGUAAGGAACCAGGAAGGCUGAAGACCUAGAAGCCUAAUGUGUAUACAGGUGCUCCCAGAAGUCCUUCUAGGGUUCUAAGCUAAUAAAACUUUUUACUGACAUUUCUGCAAUAACCUGUAAUCAUGAAAGCACUUAGAUCUAAAGCGUACCAAACAACAACAAAAAAUGAAAUUGAUUAUAUUUUAAUAAAAGGGAAAUUUUUACUGAUGUGGAGGUCAUCCUUGAAUCUGUUUGUCAUUGUUCAGUUGUAUCUGAUUUUUUGAAACCCCAUUGGGGUUUUCUUGGCAAAAAUCCUAAAGUUGGUUUGCCAUUUCUUUCUCCAGCUCUUUUCACAAAUGAGGAAACUGAGGCAAACAGGGUUAAGUGACUUGCACAGAGAGUCUUACAACUAGGAAGUGUCUGAGGCUGGAUUUGAACUCAGGUCUUACUCCGGGCCCAGCACUUAUUCAUUGCACAACCUAGCUGUCCUAUAAUCUGUUUGUACUCAAACAACUUGUGUAGAGCAAAGAUGAAAAUGAAUAGAAGGAAUAAAAAUCAGAGGGAGAAAAGCUAUAGCAUUCAUUUAAAGUAGUCACAACCUGAUCUAUUUGAACAGAUUGUAUUGAUGCUAAAAAGUGGUUGGAAAAAAGGAUACUGACACAGAGUGCCAUUUCAUAAAGCAAUUUAACAAAUAAAGAGAAAAAUGGGCUGAAGGUAGAAAAGAAGUGUCAAGAUUUCAAUGAGGAACUCAAGAACAAUAGAAUCAGCACAAUUAGAUUCUAACAACUGGGGCUGGAUGUACUUAUAAAGCAAAUUAAAAUGGUACCUGAAAAAAGCAAAAUUGGAAAAAAUAGACUAGACAGAGAACACACUGAAGAAGUUCAUGGUGGAGGGAACACAAUUAUGAGGAUUGUGAAAGUGUAAUAUAAUUCCUAAGGUAUUUGAAGGAGAGAG